CAAGCAUAAGAGGCAGUAAACUAUAACUGGGAACACAUAUAGAUAACUGAACGAUGGCCAACAAUAGUGUCAAUGUAUUGGACAAGCAAACAGACGACAACAUCUGUGCCACGGAAAAUGACGACAAUCAACCGAAAACUCCUGGCAUCCCUUUAUCCAGAAAACUCUGCUAUGCAGUUGGAGGAAUGCCUUAUCAAAUGACUGCAACCGCCAAGGGCUUUUUCAUGCAGAUCUUUUUACUGGAUGUUGUGAAGAUGGGAGCUUUCUCUGCAUCCAUCAUUCUCUUCCUUGGUCGAGCUUGGGAUGCCAUUUCAGAUCCUCUGAUUGGAUAUGCUGUGAGCAAGAGUGGCCGGACCAAAAUUGGCAAACUUAUUCCUUGGAUUGUGUUCACAAUGCCACUUGGGGUCCUAUCAUACGUUAUGCUCUGGUAUACCCCACAGGACAUCAUGUCCUCUGCCUUCAGUUUCGGCUGGUACUUCACAUGGUGCUGUCUGUUUGACACCUUCAUGAGUUGCUACCAUGUGCCAUAUUCUUCCCUAAACAUGUUUCUGGGGGGCAAUCAGAAGGAUCGUGAUUCAGCCACUGGUUACAGAAUGGGCAUGGAAGUGUUCGCUACCCUGGCGGGAGCUGCCAUUCAGGGUCAGAUAGUGGGGGUGCACCAUGCCAAGAGGACAUACGUCUGCAGUUUACAGAAUGGCACGGAAAGGAACCACUCACUGGAUGACAUAUCUGGCAAUCUACAAAAUAUAAGAAGAGCCUAUUUGACUGGAGCAUUAGUAUUAGGAAUGCUGUACUUUCUGUGCUGCCUCAUCCUUUUUUUUGGAGUGAAGGAGCAGUUGGCCCCUCUGAGUAAACUGGACCGCAUAAAUGUCCCCUAUCUAACUGGAAUGAAGAUGGUGGUGAGACACACUCCAUAUUUGUGGCUUGUAUUUGGCUUCCUAUUUGCUUCACUUGCCUUCCAGAUGGCUCAGGGGAAUUUCGCCCUCUUCUGCACUCAUGCAGCGGAUAUGGGAGCAUAUUUCCAGCAUCUUGUUCUUAUAUUACUGACAUCAGCUACAAUAUCCAUCCCAAUGUGGCAGACACUACUGGUCAAAAAAGGCAAGAAGACCACCAUAUUCAUCGGCCUAUCAGUUUUUAUGGUUUAUAUAAUUUUUAUAUUUGUGGUGAGAAAUAAUUUACCCGUCUUCAUUAUUAUGUCCAUGUUAUCUGGCACAAGUCUGGCAGCCCUCUAUCUACUCCCUUGGUCAAUGUUGCCAGAUGUAGUGGAUGACUUCAAAGUCAAGAACCCAUCAUGCCAGGAUCUAGAACCAUUGUUCUACUCCUGCUACGUUUUCUUCAACAAAUUUGGAGGAGGCAUGUCUGUUGGAAUCUCUACUUUGGUGCUACACUUUGCAGGAUACAAGUCUGGUGCUUGUAAACACAAUCCAGAGGUCAUAUACUCACUGCGGGUGCUCUUUGCUCCAGUGCCAAUCUGCCUGCUGCUCAUUGGCAUGGUGAUUUUUCGCUUCUAUCCCAUCAAUGAAGAGAGACGGAGGAAAAUCCAGGAUGCAUUAAGGAAAGCAGGGACAGAGACCGGCUUGAAAGGAGAAGAAGAGCUGAGUCUAUGAAGUAAUCAGUGGCUUUCACUACUUUUGUAACACUGCAGAACUGUUGAUCAUGAACAUGCUUUGUUUUCAUCUCAGUGUAAAGGCUUUUUCAUUGUGCAUUGUGAAUAUUUUUCCAUCCUGCUUCAGGGGACCUCAACCCCAUUUAGGAGACUCAUUAAUCAUACACACUUAUUUCAGGUUAGGGAGAUCUCUACUAAUGAGCUGAAUUAGAUGAAUAAAAGAGACAUUCAAAACGUGCCGUGCAACGGGGCCCUUAUGACUAGAAUUGAGAAACAUUAGUGCACUUAAAGAUGCAGUGUGCAAUUUCCACACCAUAUAAAGACAAACAGAUACUCCUGCCUCAAACCCAUAUUAGGCCAGUGUUGCUUUGUGAAAAGUGUUUAUAUCAACCACUGAAUAAACCAACAAAUGGUUUACUGAUAACUGUCUCUGCAUAUUACAGUUUUUUUUAAUUGCUAACUAAAAAGUUGUAGGGUAUUUGAGGCACAUAUAGUGAAAGCAUUUAUUCAUAUAGUGAAUCUUCAGGCCAAGUCUGCAGAACUGCAUGCACAUUAUCUGUUCUUGUGUUUAAUUAACAAAAAACUGCUAUUUAAACCCCAAACUUAAUUACUGAUUACACCCAAUGAUCAUGAUACACAUAAUGUAAAUCUACUAGGGCUGUUGAACUGAUUAAUCACGAUUACUCACAUACAAAAUAAAAGUUUGUGAUUACAUAAUGUAUGAGUGUGUAAGAUAUAUAUGUAAUAUAUAUUUAUAUAUAAUUUAAAUCAUAUCUAAAUAUGAAUAUACAUGUAAAUAUUUCUUAAAUAUAUACAUGUAUGUGUGGGUAUUUAUAUAUACAUAUAAAUAUACACGGUACACACAUACAUUACAAAAAGAAAAACUUUUAUUUUUGAAGUGAUUAAUCGCAAUUAAUUGGUUUGACAGCCCCGAAAUAUAUCUAAUUUGAUCACUUAGGAGUUUUGAGCAACAAAUACAUUUUUCACCCUUGGAUUUCUGUUUACAGUACUUUGUAAAUAUAGGAAUAUGCAUACAAGUCAUCUUUAUUUUUAUAAUGCUUUAUACAAUACAGCAGUAACAAAUUCUGCUGUAAAUUAUCAUUAAACAACUCAAGUCAGCGUUGAUUCAGUUCAGUUCAGUUCAAGAGCUGUAAGGCUCAUCAGUUGUGCAUCCACACUGUAUAUACAGUGUAUUUUUGUACAUACAUGUACAUGUGAGUGCUAUGACAAACUCCUGUGCGCUCCACUGCACACUGAACAUGUGUAUAUAUCAUUUUAUGUUUGUGUGUACAUUUACUAUGCAUUUUUUUGUUUUUAUUUUUUAAGUUUUUUUUAAGUUAAAAUAGUUUUGAAAGAAGUGUUUGCUUUUGCAAGAGAUGCGUAAUGGUUUGCAUUUUGUGUGCAUGUUUUUUGUGUAGAGUUUAGAGAAAAGGAGCCAUAGUUUCAAAAACUAGAAGCAAUUUUAAAAAAAGUGUAAGCUGGGAAAAUAUAUACACACACCUAGUCUGAAUGUUUGUAACGGCACUUUUAUUCCACAAUGGUAAUGACGAUAAUGAUGUAAAAGUGUAUAAAUAAACAGCAAUGAGCAAAUA